UACUUCCUUGAAAGCGUCAGUAGCCGUGACGCGUCAGUCCGCAGCGCUUCACUUCUCCGGCAGUCAGCGUUGGACGCCACAGACGCAUCAUGGACAGAGCGCAGUCAGGUUAAGCUGUCAACACAAAACAUCGAAAUCUUGGAGUGCUUGUAAAGAAUCAAAAUGGAGUACAAAUAUGAUAACGGAAUAGAACUCUUGUUGGCUCACAUGAAUAUAGAGGACAUCAUCGACGCUGUGGAGACUCUCUAUCACAUUGAGGAAGAGGAGGAAGGGGAAGAGGGCGGCUCUUUGUUUGAAGAAGAAGGUCUCUCCCAGGAGGAGAUGGAUGAGAACGAGGAGGCGGGGGAUUCUGGGGAUUUGCUGGGCUCAGGGAGUCAGCAAAACGGUCACGGCGGCGGGGUUGGCGGCGUCAGGUACGGGACGGUGGCAGACGUCCUGUCCUUUGUCAACCUCAUCUCCAACAUGCAGCCGGCCGCCCUGAAGCGCCUGCCUGAGGAGAUGGGAGUCCUGCUGAGCAAGAAGCACAUGGCCGUCAAGAAUGGUCGUUACCAGAUUGAUAUGGAUGUGGUCCUGUUUCCAUGGAAGCUGACCUACAAGAAUCCCGGCUCUGGCCUCGUGCCCAAAGGCUCCUUUGGGAAAGUCCACUUGGCUCAGGACACCAAAACCAGGAAGAGAAUGGCAUGCAAACUGAUCCCCAUGGAGAACUUUAAAGCUGCCGAUGUGGAGAUCCAGGCUCGGUUCCGUCACGAGAACAUCGCUGAGCUGUACGGUGCCCUGUUUUGGGACCAGACCGUCCACCUGUUCAUGGAGGCCGGCGAAGGCGGCUCGGUGCUGGAGAAGCUGGACAGCUGCGGGCCCAUGAGGGAGUUUGAGAUCAUCUGGGUGACCAAGCAGGUUCUACGGGGCCUGGAACACCUCCACUCCCACAACAUCAUCCACCACGAUAUCAAACCCAGCAACAUUGUCCUGAUGUCAGACAAGGCAGUGCUGGUAGACUUUGGCCUGGCAGUGCAGAUGACAGAGGAAUUAUACACUCCCAGAGACUUAAGAGGAACAGAGAUGCAUAUGAGCCCAGAGGUGGUUCUGUGUCGAGGUCACAGCACCAAGACCGACAUCUACAGCCUGGGCACCACCAUCAUCCACAUGCAGACUGGUAGCCCCCCCUGGGUCAGGAGAUAUCCACGUACCGCCUAUCCAUCCUACCUCUACAUUAUUCACAAGCAGGCCCCACCCCUGGAGGACAUAGCGGAGGACUGCAGCCCAGUCAUGCGCACCUUCCUGGGGCGCGCCCUCGAGAGGAACCCUGCUCAGCGCAGCUCAGCCUCAGAGCUGCUAAAGGACGAGGCCAUCAACCCCCCCAGGGAGGACCAGCCGCGCUGCUGGAGCCUGGACUCAGCCCUGUAUGAGGCAAACCACCCCAUGCUGCGCCAGCACAGCCAGCAGCCGGACACCACACAGGAAUCCUCCCUGUACUCUGAGGACUCCGGGCACCUGAAGAGGAAAGGCUCCCUGUACAUUGACCUGGGGGCCGUGGCAGACUAUUACAAGCUCGUGAGAGGGCCCCCUGCCUCAGAGUAUGGCUAACACUGGACCAGUUCCCCAUUAAUGUGGCUGAACCGUCACUGUAGCCAACUCUUAAUUUAAGCUGGCAAUGUGUGUUCGUAUGGCUCACUCUUCAGUGGUGGAGGACCGAUCGUUCA